AUGGUCUUGCUACGGAACAUAGCUCUCGUUGCCCUCACCCUGGGCAGCGGCGUUGCUGCUUCGAAUGCAGCUUACUUCAAAAGAGCGCCCGAAGACAUGUCAACCACUUCUGUCGCAAAGACGACGACGGGGACUGAAACUACUAAGUCCACAGCUACGAGCGGCACCGAAUCUUCCAUGACCUCCGGCUCUGCUACGUCAACUAAGGUGCCGGCGCCCCCUACCCCGACCCCGACCCCUACAGAUGACACGGAUACCGGAGGGUCAGGGUCCGAGGAAGACCCAGAGCACUCUGGAGACCCGCCAAAGGAAGCGCAGGCAUGCAGCUCGGAAAAGGACCUCUCUGUCAAGCCCUUCUGUUCGCCUCAUGACCAACAAGAAGUAUACGUCGAUGACACUUACUAUGUAACCUGGCUCACUUCACUCAUCAGUUCGGACAUUAAGGUCAAAAUUGGCUUAGACUACGUCAACGUCACCGCUAAUGAAGGACUUAAUGCUUGGAUUUCCCACGAUGUCCCAAAUAGAUAUAGCUAUGUCACUGUCCAGAUGAGACCGGAAUGGCUCAAGGGCGAGAAACGUAACAACCUCACGCUGUUCAUGGACGAACUCCCAGCGGGCAAAGACAAGAUCCGCCAUACUGGUCCCACCAUCUCCCUUAUCAACAGACCACCGGUACACCAUCCUCCACCCCCUCCAACACCAGCACCCAAACCUCUCGGUCUCCUGAUUGGCCUGCCUCUUGGCCUUGGUGCUGUUUUCUUGAUCCUACUCGGCCUCUGCAUUGGUAUGAAGAACCAGCGCCGAAUCGGUCUGAGUAACAUCAUGGGCAGACGCAACAAGGGCUACGGCGGCAGAAAUGCCAGAGCUAUGAGAAGCGGACGUGGUGCUGGCGGCUCCAUCCGAUUGGAUGACAUGGAGGAUAACGGACAGCAAUAUUCCGACACGCCUGAGCGACUUCCAUCGCGUCAGCAGAUAGUUUCAGACACGGAUACUUUCAACGAAGUUCAGCGCCGUGAGGGCAACGCUUUCCGACAGGAACUUGCUCGCUUGAAGAACUGGAAGUGA